AUGCCGACCUCCAGCGGUAUCGAUCCGACCAAGCUGCGGGAGGUAAUCCGUGUGCUGAAGACGGUCGGCCACGUAGCGAUGGCAGAGUCGUUGGAGGUGGAGUGGGGCAUGCGACCCGACACCACCUCUCACGCAAAGAGCGUGAAGAAAACGCGAAAGUCACUGCUGCGGAAGAGUCGCGAGUCCUCCAAGGCACGGGGUACUGCAGUCCCCUCCCUCCCUUCCACUGCUGUAGCACCCUUUCCUCUUCAGGUGACCUCGCAGAGGAGACUUGUGGUCACCUGCAUCGGUGACAAGGCGGACCUGUGGGGACCGUACGCGGACCCGGAGGAUGCGAAGUGCUCUAUCGCGCCACUCUUUGACUAUGGUGCCGGCCUCCUGCGCGACCACUAUGUCGAGUACCUCGAGCACCCCGUCUCUUUUGCAUCCGUCCAUCCAUAUGAAAAGCAGAACCCGCCGUCGAACUUACCAUGGCGUCACUUUGAGCUGAAGGUGUUCUACGAGGUGGGGAAGACUGGGUCGGAGGCAAAGAAGGAGUUCGAAUUUGUGAAAGGCGAUCUCAUAGGCAGACGCUACCGCGUGGAUGUACCAAUCGAUGACGCAACAUUUUCUCGCACUGUCCGAUGCUACGACGAGCAGACAGGCCAGUCUGUGUGCCUCAAGAUAAUCCGCAACUCCAAGAGUUUUUUAGACCAAAGCUUCGAUGAGUUACGAGCGCUGACCUGUGUGAAUAAUGCCGGCGACGCCGAUGCAUACUGCGUCGUGCGGCUGCUCGAUUACUUCUACUUUCGUGAGCACCUUGUCCUCGUCACGGAGCUCCUCUUAGACAAUCUGUACGAAUACGCGCGGAAGCUCGACGUCGUACAGCGCUGCGCGUACUUCACCCUUGCGCGCCUGCAGCGCAUCGUGCGUCAGGUGCUUACCGCGCUAAAGCUAAUCCAUUCUCUCAGUCUCAUUCACUGCGACAUCAAGCCCGAAAACAUCGCCUUUAAAUCAGUAGCCGAAUGCGAUGUGAAAGUGCUCGACUUGGGCAGCAGCUGCUACAUCACGGACACACUUAGCUCCUACGUUCAGUCCCGCUCCUAUCGUGCGCCGGAGGUCAUUCUCGGCUGCAAGUACGGUCCCGCAGUGGAUAUUUGGUCUCUGGGGGCUACAGCAGCUGAGCUGGCGACUGGAACAGUGCUCUUCAAUGUAGAGUCAGUGCCCACCAUGCUCGCUUCUAUCGCGAGCGUGUGUGGGCCAAUACCGGCGGAAAUGCUCCAGGAAGGGCGCAAUACCUCCCUCUACGUCACUAAGCACGGCGCCUUCUAUGACUACGAAGAUGAGCAGCUCGUCUUCCACUUUCCCUCGGAGCCACCAGAUGCCGCGGUGCUCUUCGGCUUCGAUGACCACGACUACGUUGACUUUGUGCGACUUUGCUUGACUUUAGAUGCCGCGUUGCGUCCCUCCGCUGCGCAGCUGCUGGACCAUCCGUUUCUCACUAAAAAGUACGCAGAGUGA